GCUUCAGAGUGCUCACUUUCAAAUGCACAAGUGUCUGUACCUCAAUCCUGCCGAUUUUUGCGAGGAGGGGGUGGACAGGCUCUUCACAGGUCUCAGCAAUUCUGGUUCCCAGGAAUGAUGCUGCCUAACCUUCAAACCCUGCUGGUCCUCCCACCCCCAGCUAAGUUACUUACUCCCUACAAGUAAAGACCAGACACUCCCAACUGCAGGAAUGUGUUCUCUUCCCAUGGCAAGAUACUACAUAAUCAAAGAUGCACAUCAAAAAGCUUUGUACACACGGAAUGGCCAGCUCCUGGUGGGAGACCCUGAUUCAGACAACUGUAAUGCAGAGAAGAUCUGCAUCCUUCCUAACCGAGGCUUGGACCGCUCCAAGGUCCCCAUCUUCCUGGGCCUCCAGGGAGGAAGUUGCUGUCUGGCAUCUGUGAAGACAAGAGAGGGGCCUUCCCUGCAGGUGGAGGAUGUGAACAUCGAGGACCUGUACAAGGGAGGUGAACAAACCACCCGUUUCACCUUUUUCCAGAGAAGCUUGGGUUCUGCCUUCAGGCUCGAGUCUGCUGCUUGCCCUGGCUGGUUCCUCUGUGGCCCACCUGAGCCCCAGCAGCCAGUGAAGCUCACCAAAGAGAUUGAACCCUCUACCCAUACCGAGUUCUACUUUGAGCAGAGCCGGUAAGGAGGCAUGAGGCUGAGGUCCAGCCUAGGGCUCCCAAACUGAGCCCAUCUUGCUCAUAGUCUGUGGAAGACAGAAUAAUGGCACACCAGAGAUGUCUAGGUCUUAAUCCCCACUCCUAUGACUAUGUUACAUUAAAUGGCAAACGGACUCUUCCUUCACUGAGCCCAACGAAAUCAUAUGAGGCCUCAUGAGAAGGAAGGAAAGAGUCAGAGAGAGACUGGGACUUUGCUACUAAAUUUGAGGAUGGAGAUAGGGACUGUGAGCUGAUGACAGAGUGUGGUUUCUAGAAACUAGAAAAGGUAAGAGCUCUCCUGACACUGACUUUGAAAUUUUCUGGCCUGCAGAAAUGUAAAAUAAUAUACUUCCAUUGUUUUAAGCCACUGAGUUUGUAAUCAUUCAUUGAAGCCACCAUAAUAAAACCUGUGCU